AUGGGUCGAUUUGGCAUCGCGAUAACAACCAUCGUCUUAAUCGGUUGUUUAGUUGCAAUUUCCAUCGCGAAAGAGGAAGCCAGCAAGUUGGGAACCGUUAUCGGGAUAGAUCUAGGAACGACUUAUUCUUGUGUCGGUGUUUACAAAAACGGUCAUGUUGAGAUCAUAGCAAACGAUCAGGGAAAUCGAAUUACUCCAUCGUGGGUGGCAUUCACCGACUCUGAGAGGUUGAUCGGCGAGGCUGCAAAGAAUCAGGCAGCUGUCAAUGCCCAGAGAACCAUAUUUGAUGUUAAGAGACUCAUUGGAAGAAAGUUUGAGGACAAAGAAGUCCAGAAGGAUAUGAAACUUGUUCCUUACAAAAUUGUGAAUAAGGAUGGGAAGCCUUAUAUCCAAGUCAAACUUAAGGAUGGUGAAAAGGUGUUUAGUCCUGAGGAAAUCAGUGCUAUGAUCUUAACCAAGAUGAAGGAGACAGCUGAAGCCUUCCUUGGAAACAGAAUCAAAGAUGCAGUUGUUACUGUUCCUGCAUACUUUAACGAUGCCCAAAGGCAAGCUACGAAGGAUGCCGGUGUAAUUGCUGGUCUAAAUGUUGCUAGAAUCAUCAACGAGCCCACAGCCGCUGCUAUUGCAUAUGGCUUGGACAAGAAAAGUGGCGAGAAGAACAUUCUUGUUUUCGACCUUGGUGGUGGUACAUUCGAUGUCAGUAUCUUGACCAUCGAUAAUGGCGUUUUUGAGGUUCUUGCCACAAAUGGAGACACCCAUCUUGGAGGUGAGGACUUCGACCAACGGAUAAUGGAAUACUUCAUCAAACUGAUCAAGAAGAAGCAUAACAAAGACAUAAGCAAGGACAACAGAGCUAUCGGGAAGUUGCGAAGGGAAGCCGAGCGAGCAAAGAGAGCGUUGAGCAGCCAACACCAAAUCCGUGUUGAGAUCGAAUCGCUUUUUGACGGCACGGAUUUCUCCGAGCCAUUGACCCGAGCUCGAUUCGAGGAGUUGAACAAUGACUUGUUCAAAAAGACAAUGGGACCAGUGAAAAAGGCCAUGGAAGAUGCUGGAUUGGAGAAGAAACAGAUUGAUGAGAUUGUCCUUGUUGGUGGAAGUACUAGAAUCCCAAGGGUUCAACAGCUCCUCAAGGACUACUUCAAUGGGAAAGAACCCAACAAGGGUGUGAACCCUGAUGAAGCAGUUGCUUAUGGUGCUGCAGUACAAGGUGGAAUCUUGAGCGGUGAGGGCGGAGAUGAAACCAAAGAUAUCCUUCUUUUGGAUGUGGCUCCACUGACCCUUGGUAUUGAAACCAUUGGUGGGGUGAUGACCAAAUUGAUCCCUAGGAACACUGUUAUCCCAACCAAGAAAUCUCAAGUAUUUACCACCUACAAAGAUCAGCAAACUGUAGUCUCCAUUCAGGUUUUCGAAGGUGAAAGAAGUCUUACAAAAGAUUGUAGGCUUCUUGGAAAGUUUGAUCUCUCAGGACUUCCUCCAGCACCAAGGGGAACUCCACAAAUCGAAGUGACAUUCGAAGUAGAUGCAAAUGGUAUCUUGAACGUGAAGGCUGAAGAUAAGGGAACCGGAAAGGCCGAAAAGAUCACAAUCACCAACGAAAAAGGCCGAUUGAGCCAGGAAGAUAUCGAGCGUAUGGUUCGUGAAGCAGAAGAAUUCGCCGAGGAAGACAAGAAAGUAAAGGAAAGGAUUGAUUCCCGUAACGCUCUAGAAACUUACGUCUACAAUAUUAAGAAUCAAAUAAACGAUAAAGAUAAACUGGCUGAUAAACUAGAGUCGAACGAGAAAGAGAAGAUGGCGACGGCGACGAAUGAGGCUUUAGAUUGGCUAGACGAUAACCAGACGGCUGAGAAGGAGGAGUAUGAUGAGAAGCUGAAAGAGGUGGAAGGUGUAUGCAAUCCGAUCAUUACGGCUCUUUAUCAAAGGACCGGUGGUGGUGCCCCCGAUGGUGCUGAAGACGAUGAUCAACACGAUGAACUAUAG